CACAGUAACGACGUCUUUUAUUUAUUUGUUUUUAAAUUGGAGAUAUUUAGAUGAACGCUUAAAUGAUAUUUGUUUAAGUUAAUAAAGUAAAGGGUGGUUUUAAAAGCGAGCACACUUGUUGGGUGGAGCGCGAGUCAGCUCGCUAAGAAGACGUUAAUGAUACCUGGAUUUUCAUUACAGCAACGACAAAAGUGAAAAUGGAGACCACCCUGUCCAGACUUCUUGUUGGACUCUCUGUACAAAUCAGCCGGAGCGACGGCCGAGUGCAUCUCGCGACCGUUAAAGCGGUUGACAGCGGCAAGUCCACGGUUAUGGUGGAGUGGCACGAGAGGAAUAUCUGCCGUGGGAAGGAGGUUGAAUUGAGUGAGUUGUGUGCACUCAAUACAGAGCUUGUCGAUCAUGUAAACACUGCCACCAACAAAGCUGCUGAGCCCCCUGUCCCUGCCCCUGCAGAAAAGAAGUAUGAAGGUCGACUGCGCUCAUCCAGGAUCCCUGCCCCUCCCUCCUUUGUCAGGUCUCAAGCCAGGCAGACGUGUAUGUUUCAGGUGCCAGCACCAGUCGCGGCUUCUCAGGCUUCUCAAGAAAGCCUAGCGACCGCCCACUCUGAUCCCCCCACACCAUCAGUCCUCACAAACUCUGUGAAUUCUAAUCAGCAGCGUAAACGGAACGAGACCAAGGUAGCACAGUCGCUGGCUUUAGUCCGCGAGGCCAUAAAGGAAAACGACGAACCUGAGCGAAUGGCUCCUCCGCCUACAGUCAAAGGCAGGAGGAAAUCUGUUUCUACUCAAGAGCUAAACAAAGGCAACAAAAGGCAGUCUUGUGUGAUAAAGCCUCCUGAAAUGCAGACCAAGAGAGGAAAGUUCGGUGAGGCUCGUCCAAACCAAAAGUUCUACGAAAUGAUCCAAGAUUUCAGAGAGACUCUGGAAAUCACCCCAAUAUCAACUACAGAACGGAUUGAAUCUCACAGGAUUUGUGUGUGUGUUCGCAAGCGGCCUCUUAACAAGCAAGAAAUUAAUAAGAAGGAGAUCGAUGUGGUGUCUGUACCUGGGAAAGGCACACUGCUGGUACAUGAGCCAAAACAGAAGGUGGACCUCACCAAGUACUUGGAGAACCAAGUCUUUCACUUUGACUACUCUUUCGAUGAGACCACCACCAAUGACCUGGUCUACAAGUUCACUGCCAAACCCCUUGUGCAGUCCGUUUUCGAUGGAUGCAUGGCAACAUGUUUUGCUUAUGGCCAGACAGGAAGUGGUAAAACUCACACAAUGGGAGGCGAUUUUACAGGGAAACAGCAGAACAGUGCCAAAGGGAUCUAUGCAUUGGCAGCCCACGAUGUUUUCACCUACCUUGACCACAGACGCUAUAGUAACCUGGACCUCUCUGCUUACGUCAGCUUUUUUGAAAUAUACAACGGCAAAGUGUAUGACCUGUUAAACAAGAAGUCCAAGCUGCGUGUUCUGGAGGAUGACCGACAGCAGGUCCAGGUGGUGGGCCUUGAGGAGGUCUAUGUGACCUCGGCAGAAGACGUCAUACGGAUGAUACAGACGGGCAGUGCAUGCAGGACAUCAGGUCAGACCUCAGCCAAUGCCAACUCAUCCCGCUCUCACGCCAUCCUCCAGAUCGUGCUACGACGCAAUGACCGUGCCACCACUCUGUACGGGAAAUUCUCAUUGGUUGAUUUGGCCGGCAACGAGCGUGGCACGGACGUCAGCAGCAACGACCGCAGCACUUUGGUUGAGACGGCAGAGAUCAACCGCAGCCUGCUGGCGCUCAAGGAGUGCAUUCGGUCUCUGGGGAAAAACAGCGAUCACAUCCCUUUCCGGAUGAGCACUUUGACCAAGGUCCUCAGGGAUUCCUUCAUUGGAGAAAAGUCCAGGACCUGCAUGAUUGCCAUGGUGUCUCCGGGCAUGGGCUCCUGUGAAUACACAAUGAACACCCUACGUUAUGCUGACCGAGUGAAGGAACUGAACGGGAACUCCAAAGCCGGUGACGCAGCUAAAGUGCAAGAGCCCUUAAGUAGCUCCUCGGAUGAGGAGUCUGUUGUUGAUGGUGGUGUUUAUGAAGCCAUUUCCCAAGUGUCGAAUCUGGAGGAGAAAGUUUAUGCAGAGCUCCAGAGGGCAAAGGAUCUCAUUAAGGCAAUGGAGCAAACCUCAUACAACAUUGAGACAGGACUUCCCGACCUGGUGGAUCAUUCACAGAAAUUAUUCGACGGUGUAGUAGCUUUGCAGUCUGCUGUGGAUCAGGAGAGAAUGGCAAGGCUGAAACACUGAGAUGUGCCCCAUAUAAACCCAUCAAGACAAACAAAGUUUGUUUAAUGCAUUUUUGUUUUUGUCAUCAGUUUUAUUGUAUUGACCACUGUAUUAAAUAAAAUAUAUUCAAACACUAAUUUGUUAAAUACUAUAUGUUGUGUAGUUUGUGUGGAGCCAUUGUGUGGUUGCGGUCCCAUUCUAACUGAUCAUCUUUCUUUCUGAUUGAUUGUCACAGAUUUGUCACUUUCACAAAGCCAACCUGAGUGUCUGUGACAUAUUAAAGGCCUUGCUGAAACACUUUA